CCGGCAACUCCGUGGCAUGUCCUUUACCAAACACCACCACCUUACUCGAUUUCCUUUCACUUAACACUUUCCCUCUCUUUAGUUCUUUGCGCGCGCGGACAAUUUUUUUCUUCUCUUCUUUUAUUCCGACACCAUACAGAAGUAGUACUAGUAGUAGAAGAGAUUGAAGAGAGAAGUGCGCGCGCAUUAUUACUAAUAUUAAUAACUACAAAAAAAACUUUAGUGUUUCUUAAAAGUUAAAAUUCCAAUUUUUCCUGAUUGUUUUAAUCGGUUUUUGUAGAAAAAAAGAUGAGGAAGGAGCGACGCGGAGAACUUUUUCAUAUUUUUAAUCGCGAUCGAUAAAAGAAAAAAAUUAAUUAUUUAGAUUUUUGUAAAUUAAAAUAUUUAGUUGGUGGUUGUGUUCUUAUGUUGACCUUUUAGUUUUUUUUUCGUUUUGCCUUAAUAAUAAUCGCGAAGGAAAAAGAAUACAUUUUUUUUAAGAAGUGCUUCUUAAAGGGAUCAACAAAAGGAUUUUUAUUAUUUUUAAGGACCAAAAUGGCAACGUCGACGCUAUUUGGACAUGUUUUGGUGCUGAUCGUGACGUGGAUCUUAACUGCGUGUGCUUAUGAUAUACACAAUCAUAUGACUAUCGAGGAAUUAAAGAGUACAUUUCAUGUGGAUGAUCAUAGUUUAAUUCCUGAAUACGAGGUGAUAAACAUAAGCCAUUUGAAACAGCGUAAUAAAAGAAGUUUAGGAUCAUCGCAAAUUAAUAGUUUAGAAAAUGACGAAGAAAAAUCAAAUAAAAGUGAUUCAAAAAAGUCGAAAGAAAAAAUUCUUAGUGAUGAUAUUGAUGAUGAUAGAACUAGUUUAAAAUUGCGUGCUUUUGGUAAAGAUGUUCAUUUAAAUUUGGUGCCGAAUAAUGGAUUGUUCAAGAAAGGUUUGAAAUUAUGGACCGUUGAACCGAAUACCACCUCGCAACACGGAGUCGAGUAUGUUGAAUUACCAGAGAAUUUAAAUGAAAAUAUCGGCGAUAUAUAUCAAGAUGAAGAUAAUCAAGCCGCAAUUUUGUUGAGAAACGAUGACAGAAACGGCGCCUUAUUAGUGGAAGGUAGUAUAGGUCCAAAUUUAGUAAUAAGACCACUGCCCACAAGACUGAACGACUUUUAUCCUCAAAAUCAUCAAAAUAUUAAUAAACCUUCGAAGAAAAACUCAACGAUUCCACUGCCAAUAGAUGUUGACGAUGAGAUGUUUCUCGAUACUGAAGAUCUCAAAGAUGAGGUGGCUAUCGAUACAGGAUUUCCUAUACGUAGAAAACUUUUAGACGAACAACAAGGACAACAACACGUCGUUUAUAAACGGAAAGAAACCGUCGAAGAAGAUGCGUACAGCGAUUACGCUUUUAUGGAACCUGAUCAUAUUGGGAAAAGAUAUCGGAGGAGUGCUACCAAUGAAAAAAGCUCAAGGUCAAAACGGGAAGCGCCUUAUACAAUUUAUCCGGAAAUACUUGUUAUUGUUGAUUACGAUGGAUAUAGAUUGCAUGGUGGUGAUAAUUUACAAAUAAAACGGUAUUUUGUGUCGUUUUGGAAUGGCGUGGAUUUGAGGUAUAAGUUGUUAAAAGGACCGAAAAUAAGGAUUUCAAUUGCUGGUAUUAUAGUUAGUAGGGGAAGAGAUGCUACACCUUAUUUGGAAAGAAAUCGAGUUGGACGCGAUGCGAUUGAUUCCGCUGCUGCACUCACCGAUAUGGGAAAGUAUCUAUUCAGAGAAAGGAGGCUUCCCGUUUAUGAUAUAGCCGUAGCUAUUACAAAACUAGACAUGUGCAGGCGUUCGUAUCCAUCAGAUUCGUGCAAUCGCGGUACAGCAGGUUUUGCAUACGUCGGUGGAGCUUGCGUCAUUAACAAACGGCUUGAAAAAGUUAAUUCAGUCGCUAUUAUCGAAGACACAGGUGGUUUCAGUGGAAUUAUCGUUGCAGCUCAUGAAGUUGGUCAUCUUCUUGGAGCUGUACACGAUGGAAGUCCUCCGCCGUCUUAUCUUGGGGGUCCUGGUGCUCAAAAAUGCCAAUGGGAGGACGGUUACAUCAUGUCCGAUCUUAGGCAUACUGAAAGAGGCUUUAGAUGGUCUCCUUGUAGUGUAGCUAGUUUUCAUCAUUUCUUAAAUGGGGAUACCGCCAGCUGUUUAUUCAAUUCUCCACACGAAGACGAUAGUUUACCAAGAGUUCUUCCAGGAAAAUUGCUUACUUUAGAUGCUCAAUGUAGAAGGGAUAGAGGUACAAGCGCGUGCUUUAAAGAUGAAAGGGUUUGCGCCCAAUUAUUUUGUUUCGAUGCCGGAAGUGGAUAUUGUGUUGCUUAUAGACCCGCAGCAGAAGGAUCUCCUUGUGGCGAUGGACAAUAUUGUCUUAAUGGAAGAUGUGUAGCUGAACAUGAAAAUAUUAUCCCAGAUUUCUCUCAAAAUACCCCAUCUUAUGUCAGGCAAGAUGGUUCGCCUGGAACACCUGGACGAACAUUAAAUAGGUCACAAGAAGAUGAAACAUCAUUCGAAAACGCUCCACCAUCGUUAAAUUUUCAAUAUCAAUACCAGCAAAAUCCCAUUUCCCCAUCCAUAAGUACCACAACAACAUCACCACCUUCUUCAUUCAAAUACAGCCCAUUUAGUAUCUUUAAUUUUUCAACAACAAGAUCUCCAUACGAUUUUCAACGAUUUUCAUCAAUUUCAAGUUCUUCUUCGCGCCCUCCCCCCUCCUUGAUAACUCCAUCUAAUAUAAUUUCUGCAUCAUCAACAUUAAAUCCUUACAUUGGUAAUUAUUAUCUUUUCAAACAAAGAACAACAAAAAGUCCUUAUGAUUUUGCAAAUUUUGGUAAAGUGUCGCAACCAACCGGAGAUGGCGGUAAUUUAAAUAGAAAUCAUUUAAAACGAUCUUAUGAUGCAACUUCGUAUUCUUCAUCUUCCGAUUUGGAAGGUAGCAAAAUAAAAAAGGACGCUCUCGUCAGUGAAUAAAAAACGUGAGGGGAAUCAGUUAAUACAUUGAAAAGAACUUUGGGAAGUUAAGACUUAAUAAUGUGUUUUUGAAGUUUAAAAUAUACACAAAAAAUUGGACUCGAUUUAAUUAAUUGAUUAAUUAAUUAAUUAGUGGUUGUGCAUAAAAAAGUAGUAGAAGUGCUUUAUGGACAAAAAAUAAAAAAUGAACUUUAAAACAUAACAUAAAAAUAAAACGUAUUCAGAAUAAGAUAAUUUUUUAGAUAAAUAAGGUGUACUACUGCCAAAAAAAUCUAUCUGCUCUUGUAUAAUUGUAAAUACAUUCUUUUACUAUUAAUUAUUUAGUCUAUUUACUUUUUUUUCUAAAAUGUACAUUUUUUGUAGAUUUAAAGAAAAAAAUGAAUAUUCGUUAAGAUUGUGAUUUAUUUCCGUUUAGGAUGUAAAUAGAUUUAAGAAAAGUAAAAAAAAAUAAUCAGAUCGUAGCAAAACGUAAUUAACCCUUGAACAUGUUUUGUAUAAGCUUAAAUCAUUUUGAAAUCUACUCAUCGAUUUCAAUAUUAAGUAAGGAUAAAAUAUUUGCAUAAUCUGAUAAAAUCUUUCUAAAAUAAUUUUUCAUUGUAAUAAAGUGUGUGUUAAAGGGUUAAAAGAAAAUUUACAGAAAGUACCUUGUCAAAAGAUCAUCACAUUUGUUACGACGGGUCCUGUUUCAUGAGAGGUACAAGCCUUGUAAUGCUGGUGAUUUAAAAUUAUCAAAAUCUUAUACAUAUAUUAUAAAUGCUUUGUAAACUUUAUUGUAUUGGAGUAUAAAUAAGUUUCCACCGUUUUCUAUCAAUCAAUCAUUAGGAAUCACUAGCUACUACUUUUCCCAUCAUUCUGGCAGCAGUAAUGGUUUCACGCGGAUUGAGCAAAUCAUAAUACACGACACCAAGCGGAUGGUUUGGCUGUCGAUGUUGAAGCAUGGCCAGGUGGUCCCCAAGAUUUUUCUCUUCUUGGGAUUAUCGUAGUGAAUCCAUUUGUCAUCACCAGUGACUAUACGAUGCAAAAAACCAAACCCUUUCCUUUAUGUCUGGCAAGCAACAUUUCACACAUGCAAAAUCGGCGUUCAACGUCUCUCGGCUUAAGUUCAUAUGGAAUCCGAUUUUCUUGUUUUUGAAUCAUUUGCAACGACUUUAAACGAUGUGAAAUUUCUCGUUGAAUCACUUUUAAUGUAAGUACAAGUUCUUGCGUUUGGCACGAAUCUUCCUGCAGAUUUCGUCAAAUUAAAGAAGUUUCAACAUAACUUUCUGGUGGAACCUUCUUUCGCCAAACGGCGGAAACUUAUUUGUACUCCUAUAUAAUAAUUAAUAAUCCAUUAUUACACAUUAUGUAAAUAGAUAUGCUUAAGAAGUUCUGGACGCAGAGGACUAUAUCACUCUUAAAAUGGAACAGUAAUUCUUGCAGCUCCUCGUUUUCUAUUAAAAAAGUACCUAAAUCUUUUACAUUAGUACCAUUCUUACCUCACUUCUUCAUAAAAGUCUAAUAAGGUACAAGAACUCUUCUGCCAUUUCACAGGUCAUCAAGUUCUCCGCGCCCACAAAAUUUAAAGGGCUUAACUAUUUGCAUUAAAACAUAUCUCCGAAUUUUUUAAUUUCUUAAAUAAAUCUUAUGACUAAAUCGAAAUCGCAACUGAAAUCGAAAUUCAGGUUUGUCAGAUAAUUUUGAUAACUGAUUUGAUGUUGAGGCCCAAUCUUGCCUAUAUUACCAUUAUUGCAAACUUGUAGUUUUAUGAAACAGGGUCUAAGGCUCAUUGUACCAGUUUGCUAUAAAACCAGUAUUGAGCUAAUUCCAUCACAAAUACGUAUGACCUUCCAUUAAUUAAUAAAUUUAAUUUUGGUCUAGUUUAAUGUAAUAUCUGGUAAACAUAUAUUAAGAGCCUUUUACGACCAUCAAAAUUAAAAAUACACAUAAAUAUCUGUGAUAUUAGGUUCUUUAUGGCAAGGCAAAACACAGUAAUUCAAAACUUGCUUUAAAAACCAAGAACAACUUAAGAUAAAACAUUCCUUUUUUUGUAAUAAAAACUGCCAAACAACGAAAAAAACCAGUUUAUAUGUAUUUUUUUUUUUUAGUUAAGUUCCUUUGUGCAUUAAAAUGGAAGAAUCUUUAUAAAAAAAUGAUUGUAUGUUGUAUUUGCGAAUGAAUAAAUAUGAAUGAAAUAUUAUUUACUAUAAAA